AUAAGCAAAUACCCUCAUAAACCCGUUUUCAUAUAUUCCAGGCACGCCGAGACAAUAUCGAAAACACGAAAAGGGAUUAUUGGUGAAAGCUGCUAGGGUUUCCAGGUUUUGCUUUAGGGUUUCAGGCACUUAGUCUAGAAGAUGUCUCGUGUAUAUGUUGGGAAUUUGGAUCCACGCGUCACCGAGCGAGAGCUUGAAGAUGAGUUUCGUGUGUUUGGAGUUAUCCGCAGUGUUUGGGUUGCAAGAAGGCCACCAGGGUAUGCUUUUAUUGAUUUUGAUGACCGCAGGGAUGCGCAUGAUGCAAUUCGUGACAUAGAUGGUAAGAAUGGCUGGAGAGUGGAGCUUUCUCACAACUCAAGAGGUGGAGGUGGAGGUGGCGGCGGCGGUGGUGGCCGAGGAGGCCGUGGACGUUCUGGUGGUUCUGAUUUGAAGUGUUACGAGUGUGGUGAGCCUGGUCAUUUUGCCCGUGAAUGCCGUAUGCGUGAUGGUGGUGGUGGUGGUGGUGGUGGUUAUGGAAGACGUCGCAGUCGCAGCCCCCCUAGAUAUCGCAGAAGCCCAAGUUAUGGUCGAAGGAGUUACAGUCCUCGUGGGAGAUCCCCCAAACGUCGCAGUGCAUCACCUCGUGGUCGCAGCUUUAGCAAGUCGCCACCGUAUCGUGGACGUGAUGAGUUGCCAUAUGCCAACGGAAAUGGUCUCAGGGAACGAGUUGAACGACGCCGAAGCAGGAGUUGAAUAUUUUAGGCUUGGUAACUUCUUUAUUGAGAGAGGUUUUGGAUUUGUGUGUCUUUACUAUACUUGGACUUCAUUGCGACUAUGUUUAAGUUGGGGGCGCCCUCAGUUGCGACUCAUGAAUUUGGUUAAGUUUCUUUCUUACUUUAUAUGAAGGCUUGUUAACUUU